GAUGAAAAGAAGACUCAAGAGGAAACAAAUAACAGACAAACAGGCUGCUAUCACAGAAAACAGGACAUUGUCAGGUGGAAAAAAGGCAGAAGAAGACUAAUAGACUUUGCCAGUAAGCUGUUAACAACAAGCAAAAAUGUCAAGCGAAAGCACACUAAGCAAAAUAUGGAAAUAUAUGAAAAACAUGGGAAAAGACCACAGCGAUGGAAAAGACCACAGCGAUGGAAAAGACCACAGCGAUGGAAAAGACCACAGCGAUGGAAAAGUCCACAGCGAUGGAAAAGACCACAGCGAUGGAAAAGACCACAGCGAUGGAAAAGACCACAGCGAUGGAAAAGACCACAGCGAUGGAAAAGACCACAGCGAUGGAAAAGUCCACAGCGAUGGAAAAGACCACAGAGAUGGAAAAGACCACAGCGAUGGAAAAGACCACAGCGAUGGAAAGGGUUUAAGUGUUGCACAUGAUAUAAAGAACAACUGGAGCAGUAAAAUAGCCAAUGGAAGCAAUGAAAACCUCCCCGUAUUUAAACUCCACCUGUCUGAAACAUGGAAGAACAGUGACGGAUUCUGCAGAAGAAGCACGUUUGGGAAGAACGUCACAAAAGUGAACAAGACCAUCAUGAUGAUCGGAGCCACAGGUGCAGGAAAAACCACUCUAAUUAACAGCAUGAUCAACUACAUUCUGGGAGUGGAUUGGGAAGAUGACUUCCGGUUUGUGCUGAUAGAUGAAGGGAAGCAGAAAUCCCAGGCUGAAAGUCAGACUUCAGAGAUUACGGCUUAUCAAAUCAAUCACAUGGAUGAUUUCCGGGUCCCUUAUUCUCUGACCAUAGUGGACACACCAGGAUUCGGUGAUACCAGAGGAAUCUCACAUGACCAGAAGAUCACAAAGCAGAUUCAGGACUUCUUUUCAGCCCGUGGAGGGAUCGACCGCAUUGAUGCCGUGUGUUUUGUAGUCCAGGCUUCACUUGCCCGUCUGACACCCACACAGAAAUAUGUCUUUGACUCCAUUCUCUCCAUAUUUGGGAAGGAUAUUGCUGAAAACAUCCUUGUGCUGGUCACCUUUGCAGAUGGGAAAAAACCUCCCAUUCUCGAGGCCAUCAAAGUCUCUGGGGUGCCCUGUGCUAAAAAUAAGUCUGGAGAGCCUCUUCACUUCAAGUUCAACAACUCUGCCGUGUUUGCUAACAAUAAAUCUGCAGAGGAUGGGAUGUCUGACUUUGACCAAAUGUUCUGGAAGAUGGGAUUUUCUAGCAUGGAAAAAUUCUUUACAUCCCUUAACAUGAUAGAAACCAAGAGCUUGUCUCUGACACGGGAGGUCCUACAAGAGCGACAGAAGAUAGAAGUGCUUGUGGAAGGUCUCCAGCCCCAAAUCAAUGCUGGUCUGACAAAACUGGAUGAAAUCAAGAAGACAAGAGCAGCUCUGGAGCAGCACAAGGCUGAGAUGGAUGAAAACAAGGAUUUUAAUUAUGAAGUAGAAGUAACUGUCCCAAAACAGAUCAAAAACAAAACUGGCUCCUACUUAACCAACUGCCAGAAGUGUUACUUCACAUGUCAUGACCCAUGCGGAAUUGCAAACGACAAAGAAAAAGAAAACUGCGUGGCCAUGACAGAUGGAAAGUGUACGGUCUGUACUGGAAAGUGUGCUUGGGAUGUGCACUUCAAUCAGGAAUACAAAUGGACAUAUGUCACAGAAAAGAAAAAGCAAACCUAUCAGGAAUUAAAAAAGAGAUUUGAGGCUGCACAUGGACAGGUCAUGUCAAAAGAAAAGAUCUUUGAAGAACUUGAAAAGGAGCUUGAGGAAGUCCAGGAUAAAGUGAAAGGACUGAUUGAAGAAUCUAAAAAGUCUUUGGAGCGACUGCAGGAAAUCGCCCUCAAGCCCAAUCCUCUGUCCACCCCUGACUACAUCAAUCUGAUGAUUGAGUCUGAGAAACAAGAACGCAAGCCUGGAUUUCAAGAUCGCAUUAAGUCUUUGAUGGACGUCAGGAAGAAGGCAGAGAUCAUAAGUAAGAUUCCCACAGGAGGAGUGCUUUCAGAGGAUUGGAAACAGUACAAACCUGCAACAAGAAUAGAAUCCAGUGAGACAACGGUCCUGGUUAUGGUGGGAAAAAAAGUAAGCAUUACAUCUGAGUAAAACUUUAAUCUGCAUUUACCACAGCUGUAAAGAAAUACAUUUGGUUUUGUGGUAAAAUGCUCUGCAUGCAUUUUUAUUAUACUAAAAAAUAUUUCAGCUUAAUAAAAAAAAAAUCUAAAGCUGAUUUAUAGUAUAUUGAAUGAACUGAACAUGUAAUGUAUCACAAAUUAUCAGCUUGUAUCAUAAUAUUGCUUUGGGAUGAUGUAAUUUUACUUUUCAUUCUAGUCUUUCAUUUUGCAUGAAUAAAAAAAAAGCAAGCAAGUUAACAAUCUAAGCGAGUUAACAAUCAUUGUGUGCUGCCAAUAAAGACAUUUAAAAUGUAAAA